GCCUUCCUGCCUCACAUGACGUUAAGAGCGGCUCCUGCUUUUCCAUCUCUGGGAGUCCCUGCCUGGCGGAGCUGCCAUCCGCUCGCCAACACAGGUCUCCUCUCCGCCUGACCUCUCCCUGUCUUGGAGCAGCUGCAGCGACCCGUCGUGCUUCAACGGAGAGGAUUCCUGUUUCGGGUUGGUGAUGGUGUCAUUGCUCCAAGAUCAAACCCAAAUUACGUUUUCUUCCUCGGAUCCUCUGGAAAUGCAGAGCCACGAAGACUCAGGCUCCCCCAUCCAGCAAGAAAGUCCUGGUUUCUGCUGCCAGUCCUAUGACAGAGAGAGCGGGACUGGAAGGACCAAUUCCGAAUCUUCCCAGAGCUCCAGCCCCUCUUCGCCCCCUCCGGAUCAAAUCUAUGGGAGGUUUCCUGCUGGCCAAGGCCACCACGCCGAGAAGGACACCUACAAGAUCCCUUCCGUGAGUGAGAAAUUCCGGCAGUACAGCUACGAGGACGGCACUGCGGGGAGCUGCGGCAGAUUCCUCAAGAACAGCGUCCGAACCCCCUUCCACCCUUACAAGAGGCAGUUCACGGAGGAGGCCUUCUCCGAAGCUCACCUGCAGGUGGAUGGACACCCCUUCAAGGCGGCCAGCAUGGGCGACUUCGUGGAGAUGGCCAGGCCGACGGUGACCGGAGAGGCGGAGAUGUACAUCACCCACGUUCCGAACCACUCCUCUGAGCCCGCCUGGUGCAACAGCCUUCAAUACAACGACCCGGGGCCAGAACAUCAUUCCCAAGCGAUGGACACAGAUGCCAAAUUAAAGACCCCUCCACUGGAGGAGCAGCCGAGCCUGUAUUGCUACCAGCCACAAGUGCCGCAAAUGUACUGCCCUUCGCACCCCUUCCAUCAGUAUCCUGCAGGAAGCAGCUAUCCUGUCACUUAUAUUUCUGCAUCCCACUACCCCUAUCAAAGAAUCGCUCCCCAAAGUAGCCAGGAACACCAGCAGCUGCUUUUUCCGAAACCUAUCUACUCAUACAGCAUCCUCAUCUUUAUGGCGCUCAAGAACAGCAAAACUGGAAGCCUUCCUGUCAGUGAGAUCUACAAUUUCAUGACUGAACACUUCCCAUACUUCAAGACCGCUCCGGAUGGCUGGAAGAAUUCCGUCCGCCACAACUUGUCGCUCAACAAAUGCUUCGAGAAAGUUGAAAACAAGUCCGGCAGCUCGUCCAGGAAAGGCUGCCUGUGGGCCCUGAACCCUGCCAAAAUUGACAAGAUGCAGGAAGAGCUGCAGAAAUGGAAGAGGAAAGACCCGAUUGCCGUCCGGAAAAGUAUGGCAAAGCCAGAAGAACUGGACACGCUGAUAGGUGAGAAGGCAGAGAAGUCGAGGCCCUCCAUGAUGGCCUGCAACCCAACGGCGGUGGCGAGCCCGCUGGGGACACGAGGACUGCCCCUGCAGCAUCACCCUCUGUAUGCACAGAAUGGACCACGCGGCCAAGAGUCCCCGCUGCCCGCUCAGACCCCUCCGGGACGCGGGAUGAAGAUGCUGCCAACACCCCGCACUGUGCAGGAUGUGCUCAUGCCCGAAGGCGACCUCAGCAAUGACGUGGACGCUCUGAACCCGUCCCUCACUGAUUUUGAUCUGCAAGGAAACCUCUGGGAAGAGCUGAAAGACGACAGCUUGGCAGUUGACCCCUUGGUGCUCAUUUCCUCCUCCUCCUCCUCCUCCUCCUCCUCCUCUUCCCAGUGUUUCCCUAGUCCGUGCCCGAUGGGUGAAGAGAGCAACCACAGCAGCACUCAACACCACAGCCUGCCCAACAUACAACUCACCACCCUUUACUCUGCUUUCAUGGAGCUGGAUACAGGGCCCACGUCCUACCUGAAUAAUGCGAGCUCCAAGCCCAUCGCCUUGGUCUAAGACGCCGCGCCAAACUGGGAGUUACCUU